AGCACAUUGUAUAGUCAAAUCCACAGUUAUGGAAUCCCAGGCUGUCAAUCUGAAGGUUUAAAGUGUCUUCAAACCGGAACCCAGAAAUCAGACCACUGCACUGGACUAUUGGCUGACCACUGUCUGUCCCAUUCUCCUGUAGUCCACUCAGUGUCAAGUUGUGGACAUAAUGAACGUAUAUUAUUCUCACAAGACUAUGAUUUCCAGGUAAAAACUUGAAAGUGGUGUCAUUAGAAAAAUCUUCCUGAUACUUGGCAUAGUCCAUGAGAGUGAGACACUCACCAGUUGGACGAGGACAAGGAUUGUACUGCACCUCCUCAGUAGUUGGUUUCACACACUUGCACCUUGGUUCU